AUGAAACCGAGUUGUUAUGACAACCACGGUAAAGCAGUAAAGCGAAAUACCGUUGCACGCAUUGAACUGGAUUUGAGCGUUUCUAAACUGCAUUUAACGUUACAUCUGCUGAACUUUAAAUAAGUACCGUUCGCGUUCAUUUUCCCCUGUAGGUUCAAGGCAGGAGCGGCGAAAGAGUGCAUCAGAGAAAUCCUGAGGGAGCAGCUGUACAAUCCUGAGGAGGUUCCCACAUGAUCCAGAUCUGUAGCGGACUCGAUUAAAAACAAGCUGCGAGACGAGGGCUUUGACAGAUACAAGCUCAUCGUGCAGGUGGUGGUUGGAGAGCAGCGUGGAGAAGGAGUCAAGUAAGCGCAGUACUUCUUAGGAAAAUGAAUGAAUUGUGAAAUCAGGAUGGUUUCAGACAGAGCCCUAGCGCUCGUGCAGUAGACCCAUGACCACAGACAUUUUCACGUGCGAGACGUGUCCUCAGAUGUCUAGCUGUGACCUCUGUGUUGUUUGUCAUGUAACUGAGGUUUCUACUGAUCUUUCUAGAACACCCACAUAGAGUAAGAUACAGUCUGACUCAGGAUGUGAAAUCAAUAUUGCAGGGCAUCUGAUACCCAGAGCUGUUUGUACUGUACUUGCAGAUCUGUCAAAAUCUUGAGCCACCAACACCAAAAAAAAAAAUGUUGUUAGUUAUAUGACUCACCUUGGAUUUUUUUUAUUGCACAUUACAUAUUAAAAUGGAUUAUAUUUAAAUAUCAUUUAAAUAUGAAGACGGACACACAGGAGAUGUGAUAUUUAAUACCAUCACUAUUUUUUAGUAUCGAUCACAUCCAUGUUUGUUUGUCUGAAUACCUCGCUGCAUGAUUGUUCCUACUGUACAUUGCCGUCUGUAGUCAAAGUUGUUAUUUUCAUCUUAAUAAAUAUUUAUA